AUGGGAACAUCAAAGAAGAAGGCGGUGGUAACGUCCAAGAAACCCAAGAAGAAGAGGGAGAAGAAGCGAGAAACAGAAAGUCCGAGUGAAGAACAUCGGAUAGUCACCGUGACCCUCAAUGAGCACACAUACACGGGGUAUGUGAAGACAAACAACAUCGGCAAAAGGUGCUUUGAUGCUUUGUCUGCCAAGUACCAGUGGAAGAAUGGCACUCAAUACGAAGGGCCUUUUGUACAAAGCGAUAUCCAGGGCCACGGCAAGUACACGUGGCCCGACGGCUCUUCGUAUCAAGGGAACCUGCUGAACGGAAGGCGACAUGGGCAUGGAGUCUUCCUUGCUGCGGAUGGGGUCACCAAGUACGAAGGUCAGUGGCAAAACGGCAAAAGGCAUGGUCAGGGCCGCCUUGUGUACGACCGGGCCGGCGACUCCUUCUACGAAGGGGAGUGGCAGGAUGGCUGUAAGCAUGGCCAUGGACGGCAGGUCUGGCCUAGCAAGAACAGCUACGAAGGGCAGUGGGAUCAGGGCCGCAUCCAUGGCUUCGGAACCAUGACCUGGUCUGAGAACGGAAUGCCGGAGUGCUACACUGGAGAGUGGGCGAAUGACAUGCCCGAGGGCCAUGGGAAGUAUACCUGGCAUGUCCGGGACGAUGGGCGAGAAGGCCAAGGCCCAAGGAAAGAGAUGCCUUCGCAGCAGUCCAACAACAGCUUCGAGGGCCUCUGGCAAAAGGGGCUUCGAUCAGGUUACGGAACUUUCAACUUUGCCAGUGGCGCUCAGUACAAAGGCCAGUGGUCGGAGAACAUUAAGCAUGGUGAAGGCCGGUACACCUACGAAGAUGGCCGGGUGUACACCGGAGAGUUCGUCAUGGACAACAUGGCAAAGGACAGUACUGCUAGUGAGAUUCCUGCAGAGGCAUCCACGACUCAGUUCCUCAAUGUCGGGGGGGCCGAGAACCCGGUGCGGCGGUGCGUAGAAAUCAACGACCUCACGGGCUUCUGCCUUCCCAACGACCGGGCGAUCACGGAUCCAACCGAGCUCACCGGCUACACGGACCCGACAGAGGUCUUCCGAGAAAUCUACAACAUCUUGUUGCGGCAAGUGGGGGAUCUCAAGAAGGUCUACGCCAAAGUGCGGAGGAUCAUCCAGAGACCCGGCGACGACCCCUGGGUCAUGUAUGCCUUCCAACUCUGGAUGCUUCUCCGAGAUACCGGAAUGCUGACUCCCGAAUGCCCGCUCAGUCGGGUGAACAGGUACAUCAUGUCCGGCAUGAGGCGGCACGGAGAGGCGUUUCACGAAGACCUACAGGAGCUGCGGCCCCUGACGCCGAGGCCGUCCGUGAUGAGUUCACGAGAUGCCAAGCAGGGCAAGGCUUCCAAGGAGAACUCAGGAGAGGCGACGGAGGCCACAGACGAAGACGACGACUACGACGACCAGGAGGAGGCCGAGGCAGAGGAUAGCUUCAUGCACGACGAGGAGAACGAGGACGAUGGCGACGACAGAAACAGCGCCCGGACACGACAAAGCCGAAUUAGCAGGGCCAACAGCCGAGUCAGUCGAGUGAGUCGAGGCACCAACCGUACCAUGGGUGAUGGCCCCGCUCAACCUGGGCGACGUCCCACCAUCCAAUCCUUGGGGACCAGGCAGUUUGGAUCCAGCGGCCCCAUGGACUUCUUCUUUGAUCAAAGCAAGUUUUGGCGAUUAGGAGAUGCCGAAGCCAGCGAGAAGAUCUUGGAUGUGCAUUCCCCGACGAUGUCACUCAUGUUCCGCCAUUUCCUCGAGGCGCUGGUGAGAAUGGCCCCUGCAGCCUACCCCGAGAAUCAGGGGCUGGAGUCGAUGCUCAAGGCGCUUCUUCGUGAACGGUUCCUGCCAAAGGUGGAGCAGCCAAUCGGCGUCGAGUCUUGCGGCACCUUCGAGUUCUUGGUAGAUGGCCAGCUUCAGCAGGUCUUCAAGAACUUUCAAACGAAGCUUUGGGAGCUCUUCAAAGAGAACACGACAGGAUUUGGCGCCUACGAGCUGCCGCAGUGGGCACACAUUCUGGACUUGGACGCAGACGAAGGUUCGGCAGAGAAGAAGUACAAACGCCUCACAAGCCGCCACUACGGCGGGACCUCCCGACGAGUCCACAUUCAGGGCCGAAUGUGCGUCAGCAUCCGGGUGCUUUCGCUGCCCAACAACGGGGGGUCCACUCUAUCCAGCUGGACUAAAGCCAUGGUUCGGAGCUCCGUCACGCGCCUUGCGCUUCUCGCAGGUCUGGCCCAGGCUCUGAUGGUCUGGCCGCGCGAGCUCUUCACGGGUCCGCGUCCCAGUCUCAGGCCCGGAGGAGGUUUUCGGCUUCGGAGCAUCUGCAGGGCGAGCCCGGAGGAUUACUGGAAAGUCUUGGGCGUUCCGUCUGGAACCAGUGUCAAGGAAGUCAAGAGAGCUUACCGUCGGCGUGCCAAAGAAGAGCAUCCCGAUGUGAACAAAAGCCCCGGCGCCUUGAAGCGUUGGCAAAAACUGUCGGAGGCUUAUGGAAAGUUAAUCGACCCGGAGUACCGGAAAAAGUGGAGUGAGGAAGAGGCGAGACGCUCCGCUCGGACUCAGGAAAGUCGCAGAACCUACACCUCCAACCCAGGGACUUCCGCCAAAAGGGCAGAUGAUAUCCGAGAGCCACCAGCUGCAGGUUUCCCGAAGUCGAGGGACGCAAAGAAGUGGGCCGCUGCUGGCUGGGAUGCUUUUCAGGACAUCCUGCGCCGUGCAGACUCGCUCCGUCAGCCACAGGGAUACAGAGACGCUUCUGCCGUCCGAGAGUUCCAGGCUUCUAAGGAAGAUUUGGCGAAAGCCCAGCAAAAACUGAAACAACUCAGCUCGGAUGAAGAGUACUACCUGAACUUGACGGAGUCCUACCAGCGCAGUGGACAGAAGAGGGAGGAGCUGCGAGCGGGGCUCAGGACACUCGAGAUACGUGAGGAGUUGAAGAAGCUCCGAGCACGAAUCCGCAGUCUGUCCGAGCAAGCGGACUACUGGCGCAGUGUGUCCGACGCUUUGCACAUCCUGAACUGUGCGAACCUGCUUUGCAUCGGCAGCAUUCAGUCCUGCAUCGACAACCCAACGGGCAGCGUGUUCACGGUACAGCAAGAAGAGCCAGCAUUGGCAGAGCCGAUCGAGCGGCCGGUCACAACCAGCUCUCCCGGCACAACGCCCAUCGAUGAGCUCGCCUCCCUCAAGGGGGCCAUGAGCGAAAUGCCGUUUGAUGCCGAGAUUGAUGCCGGCUUCAUCGCAGUGGCUUGUGCUUCGAGCUUUCAGUUUUCGGCCGGAGAUGGUGGUGUGCAAAGUUGGGCCCAUGGAGACAAGGGCAGGCCACAAAUAAUGGUGAUCACCAUCCUGGCGGGCGGCGAACUCACGAUCCAAACGAUUGGAGCUUGCCUCGUCUUUUUUGCAACACGAAUCUGCCACUGGGCCUUUGUCAGUGCCAUCCACAUUUGGUGGCUGUCACCGCGCAACAGGAAUGUGUACAUUAAGGAGUUUGCAGCUGAGGCCGCGAAGGGCAACGUGGACAUGACCUUGAUGUUGAAGCAUCAUCCUGAGACCAUGUCUGAGACCUUUGGGGAUACCUCCACCACGGAGUUUCAAAUAGUCGAAGCCACCGCCAGGCCGGCGGCGCAUCUCCUCCUCCUGGGCAAUGUCAUGAUGCACCUCAAGGGCGGCGACAUCUUCUCGUGCUGCUUGCAUGCCUUUCGUGGCGCCAUCGCGCCUUUCGGUCUCAUGAUGGUCAUGAACACUCCCGUCAUAUCGGGAGCAGGCAACCUUCCAUGCCCGUGCAUCUGCGUUUGCGUUUGUGUGUGUGUGUGUGUCCACCCCUGUUUCGAAGGGUAG